AAAGUGUUGGUUUAUGGAGGAAAAGGAGCUCUUGGUAGUGCCCUGGUGACGUUCUUUCGUUCCAAGCAAUGGUGGGUCGCUUCUGCAGAUAUCUUUGAAAAUCCUGAUGCAAAUGCUAACGUACUACUAUCGGUGAAUGAUUCAUGGGUAGAGCAAGAGCAAAAGGUCCUAUCCAAUUUGAGCGAUCUUUUACAAGACGGAAAAUUCUCUGCUGUUCUUUGCGUAGCUGGAGGCUGGGCAGGUGGAAAUGCUGCUUCAGAUGAUUUAGUCAAGAAUUCCGAUUUAAUGUGGAAGCAAAGUGUUUGGACGUCCGUAAUUGCUGCUAAAAUUGCUGCUAAAUACCUAGAAGAAGGCGGAUUACUAACUUUGACUGGUGCACAACCAGCUUUGGGUGGAACUCCAGGCAUGAUUGGAUAUGGAUUGGCUAAAGCUGCCGUCCAUCAAUUAGUUAAGAGCUUAGCGAGCACAAACAGUGGACUACCAGCCAAUGCUAGGGCCGUUGGCAUUUUACCUGUUACGCUUGAUACGCCCAUGAACAGAAAAUUUAUGGCAAGUGCAGAUUUCAGUACAUGGACACCCUUAACGUUUGUUGCUGAACUAUUUCAUGCUUGGAUCUCCAAUGAGAAGCCUGUUGAUAACGGAAGUUUAAUACAAUUAGUAACUAAAGAUAAUGAAACUGAAUGUGUUCCAGUUGCUUAA